AUGCCACACUCAAUACCACCCGAGGCUUCUCCUAGUCGGAAUGACGAAGAAAUGCUUCCAGAUGCCUCAACGGAUAAUGGUGUCAAGUUGGAGGAUAUGUUUGACGAUGAUGAAAACGACGAGUUUCCGGCUUCCUCACGGGACGUGAAGAUGAAGAUGGAGAGUUCCCCAGCGCCUGCACCGGCAGCUGCUCCCUCACGAGCCCCAUCUGGCGUGGAUACAGACGUUAUGCUUCAAUUUUAUCAGCGUCUUUUCCCAUUCCGAUACCUGUUUCAAUGGUUGAACCACGGCGUUGUGCCCACCAAAGACUUUGGCAAUCGUGAAUUUGCACUAACUCUUCAAAAUGACGCCUAUCUAAGAUACCAAUCUUACCCAACCUCAGAUUUAUUCAAAAAGGACAUCCUCAGAAUGAAUCCAUCUCGAUUCGAAAUUGGACCCGUUUAUACCACGAACCCGCGGGAUCGCAAAACUAUUCGAGGUGGUCAGAUGAAACCAAUUUCAAAAGAACUUGUCUUCGAUAUCGAUAUGACAGAUUACGACGAUAUUAGAUCAUGCUGUAAGGGAGCUAGCAUUUGUCACAAAUGCUGGGCAUUUGUGACUAUGGCUAUCAAGGUCAUUGAUGUUGCCUUGCGUGAGGACUUUGGAUUCGAACAUAUUCUCUGGGUAUACUCCGGUCGUCGUGGUGCCCACGCGUGGGUUUGUGAUCCCCGAGCGCGUAACAUGCCCGAUGAUCGCCGCAGAGCUAUUGCUGGAUAUCUCGAAAUUCUCAAAGGUGGGUCACAAAGCGGCAAACGGGUGAAUCUCAAGCGACCACUCCAUCCCCACAUCGCACGAAGCCUCGACAUCCUGAAGAGCCAUUUUGGCCAAACUACUCUGAUAGACCAAGAUACGUUUGUGAACGCAGAUCAGGUAGAACGAUUACUUACAUUACUACCUGAUAAGUCUUUGAACGAGGCCUUGCGAAAGAAGUGGGACUCAUCUCCAGAUCGUCCCAGCACAAGCAAAUGGGCCGAUAUCGAUGCACUGGCGAAGACGGGAAAAAGCAGCACGUUGAAUACCACCGCACUCCGUGAUGCGAAGGUGGACAUUGUGCUAGAAUAUACCUACCCACGUCUUGAUGCCGAAGUUAGCAAGAAAAUGAUCCAUUUGCUGAAGAGUCCAUUUGUUAUCCAUCCUGGCACGGGCCGAAUUUGUGUCCCUAUCGAUCCUCAGAAAGCCGACGAGUUUGACCCCCUAACUGUUCCUACUGUGACGGAAUUGUUGGACGAGAUUGAUGCGUACGAUGCGAAGCAUCCUGUCACUGCAGAGGCGGAGACCGUUGAUGUAGAAGGUAGCGCACUGGGGUCGGACAUAAGGGGUGCUCGCAAGCUCCAGGAUUACGAAAAGACCAGCCUGAAGCCAUAUAUUGACCACUUCCGGUCCUUUAUUGCAGGUUUGCUCAAGGGAGAACGAGUAUCUAAGCGUGAAAGAGACGAGACUGCACCGCCUGUGAAGGCUGAUCCCAUGGAGUUCUAA